GGAAGCGACACGGUUCUUCCAUAGAAACAAAUCAACUUCUUUGUGCUGCUUUGAUGACUCUUCUCUGCUCACGCUCUGUCUGAGUAAAUGGAUUUCCCCGCCUAGCAUGGAUGCCCCGACACCACCACCUCCACAUUCACCAUCCUUUUCCUCAGCUGAGGGCUUUUUCUUCUUGGCGCAGUGAGCUGGACUCGUACUGAUUUUUCCCCUCUUGCCAAAUGGAUGUGGGAAAACCGCUGCUCAGCCCGCUGGUGAAGAUCAUGCCUUGAUCUUACAGCUGCCUGAAUUCACGUCGUUUGGGUUAAAGAGAAAACAAUACAGAGGAAUAUACCGAUCCAGGGAUUUAAAUCCAGCGCACCAAACAAGCACCAUGAAGAUCCCCCACCUGAUAUUUAAAGCCAGGCUCAGGUGCACCGUCAAGCUUCUACUGCUGCUAACACACUGUGUGGGGCUUUUACAUGGGAUGCCACAUGUCCUGAGAUUUGGGGGGAUAUUUGAGUCCAUUGAAAGUGGCCCAUCAGGUGCGGAGGAACUCGCCUUUAAGUUUGCUUUAAACACAAUCAACAGAAACAGAACUCUGCUUCCAAACACCACACUCACCUAUGACAUCCAAAGGAUAAACAUCUAUGACAGUUUCGAGGCCUCCAGGAAAGCCUGUGACCAGCUUUCUCUUGGGGUAGCAGCGAUUUUCGGUCCCUCUCACAGUUCCUCUGCUAAUGCUGUCCAGUCUAUUUGUAAUGCCCUUGGGGUCCCACACAUCCAGACCAAAUGGAAGCAUCAGGUGUCAGACAACAGAGAUGUCUUCUACGUGAGCCUUUAUCCAGACUUCUCCUCCCUCAGCCGGGCUAUCCUGGACUUGGUCCACUUCUUCAAAUGGAAGACGGUGACGGUGGUUUAUGAUGACAGCACUGGUCUGAUUCGUUUGCAAGAGCUUAUAAAGGCGCCUUCACGGUACAACAUCCGGUUAAAGAUCCGGCAGCUGCCUGCAGAAACCAAGGAUGCAAAGCCACUCUUAAAGGAGAUGAAAAGGGGAAAGGAGUUUCAUAUUAUCUUUGACUGUGGCCACGAAAUGGCUGCUGGGAUACUGAAGCAGGCUCUUGCCAUGGGGAUGAUGACAGAGUACUAUCACUAUAUAUUUACCACACUGGAUCUGUUUGCACUGGACGUGGAACCUUACCGGUACAGUGGUGUAAACAUGACGGGUUUCAGGAUACUCAACACUGAGAACAGCCAGGUGGCUUCUAUCAUCGAGAAGUGGUCCAUGGAGCGACUGCAGGCUCCACCGAAACCUGACUCCGGAUUACUGGACGGCUUCAUGACUACAGAUGCUGCACUGAUGUAUGAUGCUGUGCACGUGGUGGCCGUUGCUGUGCAGCAGUCUCAGCAGAUCACUGUCAGCUCAUUACAGUGCAACCGACACAAGCCCUGGCGUUUUGGAAACCGCUUCAUGGCCCUCAUCAAAGAGAUUGGUACCUGGGACCCUCCGAGUGGCCUAAACAUGACAGACAACCAGAAAGGGAAGACAACUAAUGUCUCUGACUCCUUGUCCAAUCGAUCCCUGGUGGUGUCUACUAUACUGGAAGAACCAUACGUGAUGUUCAAGAAGUCUGACAAACCACUCUAUGGAAACGACCGCUUUGAGGGCUACUGCAUCGAUCUACUCAGAGAGCUGGCCAACAUCCUAGGCUUUACUUUCGAGGUCCGCCUGGUGGAAGAUGGAAAAUAUGGUGUCCAGGAUGAGAACACAGGCCAGUGGAAUGGCAUGGUCAAGGAGCUAAUGGAUCAUAAAGCUGAUCUUGCAGUGGCUCCGCUCACCAUCACAUAUGUGCGUGAGAAGGUUAUCGACUUCUCCAAGCCCUUCAUGACGCUGGGUAUAAGUAUACUGUACCGCAAGCCCAACGGGACCAACCCUGGGGUCUUCUCCUUCCUCAACCCCCUCUCGCCUGAUAUCUGGAUGUAUAUUCUGCUGGCUUACUUGGGUGUCAGUUGUGUGCUGUUUGUCAUAGCCAGGUUUAGUCCCUACGAGUGGUAUAACCCCCACCCUUGCAACCCUGACUCGGAUGUAGUGGAAAACAAUUUCACCCUGCUUAAUAGUUUCUGGUUCGGAGUUGGAGCUCUCAUGCAGCAAGGAUCUGAGCUCAUGCCGAAAGCCCUCUCCACCAGAAUUGUAGGAGGAAUCUGGUGGUUUUUCACACUCAUCAUUAUCUCCUCCUACACGGCAAACUUAGCAGCCUUCCUAACUGUGGAGAGGAUGGAGUCGCCUAUCGACUCUGCUGAUGAUCUGGCCAAGCAGACAAAGAUAGAAUAUGGAGUUGUAGAAGACGGCGCAUCCAUGACCUUCUUCAAGAAAACCAAGAUCUCAACAUAUGACAAAAUGUGGGAGUUUAUGAGCAGUCGGCGGCACUCUGUGAUGGUGAAGAAUGUCGAGGAAGGCAUUCACCGUGUGCUCACCUCAGACUACGCAUUCCUCAUGGAAUCCACCACCAUCGAAUUUGUCACGCAGCGCAACUGCAACCUCACACAGAUUGGAAGCCUCAUUGACUCAAAAGCCUAUGGGGUCGGGACCCCAAUGGGUUCUCCGUACAGAGAUAAGAUCACUAUUGCCAUUCUGCAGCUUCAAGAGGAAGGGAAGCUACACAUGAUGAAGGAGAAGUGGUGGAGAGGAAAUGGUUGUCCAGAGGAGGAGAGUAAGGAGGCCAGUGCCCUUGGGGUACAGAACAUCGGUGGGAUCUUCAUCAUCCUGGCAGCCGGACUUGUUCUCUCUGUCUUUGUGGCCAUGGGAGAGUUCCUCUACAAGUCCAAACAGAACGCACAACUUGAAAAGGCCCAAUGGGGACAAGGAGAUAAGAAACGUGAGGAAUUCUGCUGUCACCAUGGAUCCAAGCUAGACUUUAACCAUCAUCUCAAAUGA